UGAAUGGCGCACUUUGGCAGAAUUCCAAGAAGCCUGAGAAUGAUUCGUACAUCAAAAGGCACUGUCAGCUUGAAGAGCGCAAUGAAGAUUUUCCUAUCGCUGAUAGGAUACACUUACUGCAAGGAAAAAAGAUAGAAGAAACCACAUGUCAGGUGAUGACUUAUGAACAGUGGAUCCCACCUCGAGUUCACAGUCUGACUGAGCCCAGUAUCAGUGAAAUGGUUCCAGAAUCAGACAAUAAUAAAGCUGAAUCAAUGGGAACAUUAAAACGAUUGCAGAAAUUGGUCCGAACCAAGAAAACCAGUAUACAUAGUUUGGAUGAUGUCAAACAUGUUUUGAUACCUCUCAAUCCACCUCAAGACUCCUGUCUCUCUGAAGAGGAGGAGGAAGCACUGAUUUCCUGCAUGAAACUAACCAAGUCCCAGGAAAAAAAGGUCUGGAAAGACAAUGCUAGGCGAAAGGAAGAAACUGAGACUAGAGCAGAUUUUAUUUCUGCUUCGUUGGGAAGAUCUUAUACUUCCAGACUGAGCAAUAUAGGAAAUAUUUCCAUCCAUUCGGAAACUGAAUUUCAGCUAUGGAGUGACUGGAAGCCUUUUCCCAAUAAUCAGCUCUGCCCAUGUGAUUUUGUGAUCUCAAAAAUAGAAAAAUGGGAAAAUUGUACUUGUUGUUCUCAUCAUCCGCAUCUUACUUGCUCUGUCACUGAUGUGGAUCUUCCAUAUUCAUGGCGCACAAGUAGUUUUGGAAAUUUUGACCGUUUUAGGCACCAUUCAGUAUCAAAGCCAGAUGAUUCAGCUGAGGUAUGUGAAGUGGAGACUGUAAGUGACAUUGGAGAUCCAGGACAAAAUAAAAUGGCAGGUAAUGGAGGAAGCCUGGGAAAGAAGAUGCGGGCCAUUUCCCUAACCAUGAAGAAAAAGAUGGGUAAAAAGUACAUCAAGGCACUCUCUGAGGACAUGAAUGAAGAAGGAAAAGAAGUCUGCUACUCGCAUAGUGACCCUGGGGAUGAAACACACACAGAGAAGGUCUGCUUAAAAGCCAGUGACUCCAUGGACAGUCUCUAUAGUUUGAAUAGUGGCCAGAGCUCUUCUAGUGGAGUGACUAGCUGUUCCGAUGGAACCAGCAACAGGGACAGCUUUAGACUUGAUGAUGAAGUCCCUUACACUGGACCAUUCUGUGGACGAGCGAAAGUACACACCGACUUCACACCGAGUCCUUAUGAUACCGACUCUCUCAAAAUUAAGAAAGGAGACAUUAUAGACAUCAUCUGCAAAACCCCCAUGGGUAUGUGGACAGGCAUGCUGAAUAACAAGGUGGGGAACUUCAAAUUCAUUUACGUCGAUAUUAUUUUGGAAGCGGAAGCUACACCUAGGAAGAUAAAGAUGCACAGAGGGAGCAAAAGGGCUAAACCUAAAACUCUGCAGGAACUUUUGGAACGGGUCCAUCUUCAGGAAUACUCAUCAACCCUCUUGCUAAAUGGCUAUGAGACUUUGGAGGAUUUAAAGGAGCUACAGGACAGCCAUUUGAUUGAACUAAAUAUUACAAACCCAGAAGACAGGGCAAGGUUACUCUCUGCAGUUGAGAAUCUACAGGACUAUGAAAUUGAACAAGAACAUGAAAAUGAGCAACAGCCCCUGACCUUAAGCCCCGAUCCCAGCUUUAACAAGUCAGGGUUAAAUGACUGUCCAAGAGACUCUGGCUGUUACAUCUUAUCGGAAAAUUCAGAUAAUGGCAAAGAAGAGCUAGAUCCAGAAAACCUAUCUGACAUGCUACAGACGAUCACUAUCACUGAGACCAACUGAUAUACGUGCUUUUCUGCAGCUUUGCAGACAGGACUAUCAGACAGAUUAAGCUAACUUGCUAGUAUGGCAGCCCAGUAAUGGAUUGCAAAUAUUCUCAACAUUGACAGCACUCUUAGCGUUUCCAGCUGAAGGACAAUAUUUUUGAUUUAUUCAAUAUAUGGACGUUGCGUACCCGAAUCUUGGUUUGACAAAAAUAAUGUCCCAUGCUUUCCUUGUUUGUUAAUUCUUGAACAGUUGACUGAAGGGAAAAUAAAUAACUGCAGUAUACAGGGUGACCAGAAGUCCCAUUUUUAAAGGACAUUUUGGGGGACUUUUUCUUAUAUAGGCGCCUAUUACCC